AUGGAAGGAAUUACUGAGGAUGAUGAUCAAGAAGAAAGACCCCAAAGGAGAAGAAGAUCAGAGGAAGGGGAAGAGCAAACUUACAGUGCCAUAGAUAUGAGUCAACUACAAAGAGCUCUUGAGGAAAUAUCACAACAAAAUGUAAGAGCACAAGAGCAAUAUUCAAGGCAACAAGAGCAAUAUCUAGAGUACCGGAAGCAAUAUUUAAAAGAUAGAGAGCAAAAUGAAGCUUGGCAGCACAGAAUGGAGGAAAGACAAGAGAGCUGGCAACAACAAAUGAUGGUCCAACAACAAGAAUUUCAAGCCAAGAUUCUUAAGGGGCAAAGAGAACAAACAACAAAACUUCAAGAGUCAUAUGACAAAAUGUUCCUGACCCAAGCCAAAUAUGGGGAAUACUCACAACUUGUAUCAGUAGAAGAACAUCCAUCAUACUAUUGGAGAGGUUAG